AUGUUACAUAGUAAUCCUUUAUCUGUCAUGCAAGAAGAUACUAAAUACAUUAAUGAAAAAUUUAUAAAUAGAUAUAUUGGCUAUUGGUGGCAGCCAAAAUCAACAGAUGGAAUUUAUAGGAUUGUCUAUGAAGAAGUUGAUGAAAUUGAUGUUAAAAUUUUUUGUUUUCCAUCAUCGAGUCUCAAUUCUUGUGAAGUUGAUGAAUUUAGAUUUCCACGUGCUGGUGCAUCAAAUGCUAAGAGUAAUUUAAAAAUGGUACAAUUUCGUUUUUUUGAUGCACUUCAAAUAGUUGAUAUUGAAAUAUUAGAAUUACAAUAUCCUUUACAUACAAUGUUUCCUUGGAUGGAAUAUUUAGUACGUGUUGGAUGGACACCAGAUGCUCAAUAUGUUUGGGUACAACUUUUAGAUAGAAAACAACAAAGAAUUAAAUUGAUACUAAUAUCACUUGAUAAUUUUUGUGAACCACCAAAUAAUAUAUAUAAUUCAGAUAAUAAUCAUACACCUACACAUACAUAA